AUGUUGCUAGCGAAUCCGGCAUUCUCAUCUAUGUCGCCGUCUUCGCAAUGGCCAGGUGGCCCACCAAACGUGCUGUUGCCAUCCUUGUCCUCUGCUGCACCAUCAUCGUUUCCACUGAGUCCAAUGAGCGUACCAGGUAUGCCAUCGUCUUCCCUGUCCGAUUUCGACCGCUCUUUGAAUGCAUCCUCGCUCAUGCACGUGCCAGCACCACCGCCACCGGAACAAGAAAGGUCGACUUCUAUCGCAGCACCGACAGCCACAUCGUCUCUCUUACCUAUUGAAUCUGCUGUGUACUCGCAGCCAGCUGAUACAACACCUUUGGACGACUAUAGCCGUGUGCACCGUGUCAUGCCGAUGCCUGUGCCUUCUGUUGCUCCAUAUUCAAUGUCUCCGAUGUCUACAGGUGGCAUGAAUGGCGGCACAUCUCGACAUCCUCAUCCCGCUGCUUUUGAGAGCUCAAUGACAACAACGACCUCUGCGGUGUCGCCGUCAUCGAUUCCGUCAACGCAUGCACCAGCCAUGUCAGGAGCAACGCCAGAGUUUGUACGGAUAUCCAUGUCACCACCAGGGGUAUCUGCGCUCGAUAUGUCCCAGACGUCUGACAUGUCAGGCUCUUGGCUGUCUACGCCCAGUCGAGCACAUGACAGCCUGCAUGUCAGACACGACACUGUUAAUGGGAACGGCAGCAACAGCAGCAGCAACGGUAGGUCGUACAGGAGCCCCAAGGCACGUCCGUUUGUCUGUUCUCAUUGUUCUCGAGCUUUUUCUCGAAGACAUGAUUUGGAACGCCAUGCUCGGGUGCAUUCAGGUGAUCGUCCAUACGUGUGUCGUGUUUGCCAGAAAGGGUUCCCUCGAAGUGAUGCGCUUCGACGGCACAUUCGUGUUGAGAGAGACACUCAUGAAUCAUACUUUGUGUCCAAGACGUCUGAUGUGCUGGACAUGUCAGAUCGCGAUACUCAUGCCCGACAUAAUUGA